GUAUAAAUACGCCGGGUUGUCAAACAGUAAAGUUUCUCUGGAGCCUUCAUCCUAAGUGUCAGCUGGAGAGGAAGUGGGAGACUCUACACCCGUUUGGACAAUUUGGUUAAAAAAAAAAAAAAAAAUAGCAGCUGAAUGAAGCAGUGACUCGACACAACCGCGGUGAAAUAUCAUAAGGGAAUUUUAAAAGAAGAAGGAGAAGAGCAGGAGUACGAAGUGGGAGCUGUGGCAUCAGGAACGAUAGUUUGGACCUAAAAAUACGACAACAGCCUGCAACCUGCUGCCUCUUCGUUCAAGGUGCCUUUACCAUGGUGACACUAAAAGAAUCAUACACUUUACAGUAGAACAGAGGAAACAACUUCUUACAGCUGCGUUGCCUCGUCGUCAGCACCAUCAUCUUGAACGCUUUGUUCCCACGACGGCGCUAAGCUGGUGCAGUCAUGCAUCUAGAAGUGAAGGUUGCCCUCAACUUCAUCGUGUCCUACCUGUACAACAAGCUGCCUCGGCGUCGAGCUGACCUGUUCGGGGAGGAGCUGGAGAGGAUACUGGUGUCUCGCUUUGAGGGCCACUGGUAUCCUGAAGCCCCUCUGAGGGGCUCUGCCUUCCGCUGUAUUCACCUGGGAGCCCCAAGGGACCCUGUGGUGGAGCUGGCCGCCAAAAGAAGUGGACUGGACACGGAGGAGGUGCGUGCAAACGUUCCUGCAGAGCUGAGCGUGUGGAUCGACCCUUACGAGGUGUCCUACCAGAUUGGGGAGAAGGGGGCGGUGAAGGUGCUCUACCUGGAGGACCCCCCGGGCCUCGGUUGUGACAGCGAGAGAGCUGAGGGGGUAAUCAGAGAGGGUAAAGGAGAUUCAGAGGCUGAGGAGGCCAAGAGCCUGGGCUUUAACCCAGAUGCUCAAGUGUUUGUACCAAUUGGAAGCCAGGCAUCUCCUGCCCUCAUGCCAUCCCUCUCCAGCUCGCCCACACCUUUAUCUGCCCAGUCCUGCCCCGGGCUCUUCAGCUACCCCAGCUCCAGCACACCCACCGACCCCGGUGUCCACUCUUCCAACACCUCCACCCCUUCUCCUCCCAGCGGCGGCCUGCCCUACCUCUCCACCCAGCAGCCGCCCUCCACCCUCCCUGCUGCCCGUCCACAGCCCAUCACCUUCACCACUGCCAGCUUCGCCGCAACUAAAUUCGGCUCCACCAAAAUGAAGAAGUGCAGCGGCGCCGGGUCAGCAGCCAGCUCCGGUGUCAUCGUCCCACCCUCCCAGAGGAUGCUCUCCCGCUCUCCUACCACCAUCUCGGCACCAGAGCUGCUCAAGCACAAGCCCCUCUCUCUGUCCUUGCACUCUCUGGGAGGACCCAUUCCCAGCCAGCUCUCUCCCAACGCCAAAGAGUUUGUCUACCCAGGAUCCCCAGGCCCCCUUUACUUUGAUGCCGACACCCAGCCCAUGCAGCCUCACGCCAGCCCCUUCCAGCCCCCGCCCGCCGUCAACACCCAUCCGUCCUUCGACCCGUUCUCCAGCUCUCCUGCUCAGAGCGUUGGCAUCAUAGGCGGCAACGGAGGAAUCUCUUACAUGGAGAAGCCGCCGUUUGUUGAGGGUUUAGGAAGCUACAACCUGCAAUAUCCCAGUCAGUCCUUCCAGCCUGUUGUGCUGGCCAACUAAGCCUUCCUUUGUGGUGAGAAGAAUUGUUGUAGGAGGAGCUGGGUGUUGGACAGCGAUGCUACAGAUAUUUUCAGUUUUUCUAACAAAUUGUUCUAAUACUAAUACAUGUUAAGAGUUAGUUUUACUACAAAGGUUGUCCACUGAACAUUUCAUGUGACUUGUUUUGGAUGUGUAUAACCCCCGCCCCCACCCUGCCACCGUCCAUUGCUGUUCCUCGUCACGUUCGGUGUGUUGGCUUUGACAGGAGUGGGCGGGGGUGAGUUGCUUUCUACCUUUAGCUGUUGCCAAUCUCUUCUGUUUGUUGUUUUGCAUCGAAUGUUAAUGUACGAGGAGUUUUUUUUCUUGACUUGUAGUCUAAUGGACUCAGUAUAGCUCCAAUUUGCACUGCACUGUCAUGCUGUGAAAAAGGACUUUGCCAAGUCCUGCAGGGAAUGACGGCUGUGGAAAACUCAGCACUUUGCUCUGCAAUCUGCUCUGCCCUACUUGCCACAAAUACAGAGAGGGGGGCUCUGCUGCUCUGCUGUCUCUGUGUACUUCUGUUCUGUUUUGUUGUGGCUCAGCGUGAUCGGGAGUCUCGUUGUUUGUGCGGCAGGCCCGUUACCUUUGAAACACACUCGUGCACAGGCAUAAUUGGACUCUGCUGCUGCGAGCGGCUGUGUAUUGGAAGCAGGUUAUCGUCAGUUGGAAUGUGGACAUGCCCCGAGUGUAAAUGAAGUGAAGCAAUGAAGGGAGCAGAGAGCGAGCAUCGGGGUGUUAAGAGAGUGAUGUAGUAGAAUGUAUUGUACCUGUCGAGGGAAACGGCAGCUUUGAAGGUCAGGGGGAAACCUUUUUGAAUGUGAAAGAAAGUGCAUCUUUAAAUUUUAAGACAAUAACUGUGCUGAUACCUCAGCUGUUGUACUGUUGUGAUGGAAACUGUGGUUUCACUCACGUAUUGAAAUCUACACGAUACGCAUUAAAAUGUGCACAUGCACACUAUUCCACUUAGCAGCGUGUGAAGGUGAACAGGCGGAGAAGGAGGUGAGGGGGAGGGGAUGCAGCAGCUAAGCAGCAGGGAUUGUGAUAAAUGGCUUAGCAUGACUUUGACUAUGAAGGACAGGUUUUCCUCAGCAUGGAGAGGAGGGAGGGAAAUGGGAGGACAGAGGGAAAUGAGAGAGAGAGAUGGGGGAGAGAGAGAGAGAGAGAAGCAGCUGGAGGGUUGUGUUGCCUCUGUGCCGUCCAGGCUGUAUUGGCUUAGAAAGUGACACUUUAAAACCCAGAGCACGUUUCUGGUGAGCUUAAAUGGUAUUGAAGCCAAAGGCUCACACUAUUCUCUCCCUCCUCUUGAAAUUCUCCCGUGAUCUCUGCUGGCUGCUCCAAACAAAAAGACCUGAAUCAUACACUUCAGGUCGCUCCGUGUCUUUUCCCAACCACAAGGAAACAGAGAGGAAUGUUAAUUACAGCAUGUGUGGUUUCUGUGGAUAGAUUGUCAGAGAGCUGAUGUUUCUAACAGUGUUUGUUCAGCAGCUGGACUCAUUGUUGGGUAAGGGUAACCUCCACAUGUCCAGCACCUUAUCACUGGGCUCCUGAUGCCGUGCGCCACUGCAGACAUUAAACCAUUCCUUUGCCCUCUUCUUUGGCUAUUGCACCUUUUAUUCAGCUGUCAUUAAACACUUUGAAAGCGGAGCUAAAUCUGCAUUACAGCGCAUCACGAUGGUAACGAGACGCCGUCGGUCUUAUCCUUACCCAUUUGUAAGAAUGUUUUCCAAGCUUGUACCGAUAAAGGGUUUUGCAUAAGAUGGCUCCAGAAACCUCGACUGCUGGUUUUUGCAUCGUGACAUGUUGUCAUAUGCAUGCAAGUUUUAGUUCCUUAAUGUUUUGUUUUGUUUCUUUAUUUCCCAAGGGGAUGGGUGGGGAGGUAUGUAUUUCUGUAAAUGUUCCAAUUUGUGAGGGAAAGAUUUUUUUUGUUGUUGUUUUUGUAAUUUAUUUCUAUAUUUUUGUUCUUGCAAAUGAUCACUCGCGUUUGUGUGAGUAAGACACGGCGAGUCCAGGAAUAUGUAUAUUAAAAAAAGUUCAUAUGUUCAGAUUCUUUGUUUAGUUUCUUACAUGCCGAAGUUAUUUUUUCAGAAAAUAACAUGAAUAUAUGCAAACUGAGACAAAAAUAAAGAUGUACAGAAUAAAGUAUUGAAUGUGUAUUGUACCUUGUACAGAAUUUGUCUAAUAAGACGGGUAAAUGUAUUCAUGCUUCAAUUUUGGAUUUGGAGUUUAAAGAAGUGAAUGUUUACAGUGGGUUUGUGUAGGAAAAGAUGACUGAUAUCACUUUUUCUGUGCUCCCAGGGCAGUCUGACAACACUACUCCCAUAGGCAGUACAUUUAAACCAAAAAUCUCUAUAUUUACAAUUGAUUUUGUCCCUUUUUUUUAUGAAUUCACUACAUUUCACCCCUCAUUUUUUACUUAAAAACACUCCUUUUUCUUGUCUGUAUGCUUUUAAUACCCAGAUAUAUGUGUUUAACACUCUUUGUAUUAUAUUUACCAUCAAAAUUUACCCAAACACACUAUUUUUUUCCUCAUUAUUUCAAUGUGUCAUCCUCCAUCAGUGCGGUCCUUUUGGUACUGAUGCUAUAGCCAUAUCCCAGACUGUCUUUGCUUACACAGAUGCUCACCCUUCUCCAGUGCAAUGUAAUGCCAUAAUUUCAAUUACCCUGAAGGAUUCAAGGGGUUUCUACCUCUCUGCACCCUAAAAAAAGGUCAGGACAGGUUUAGAACGAUGGAGGAAAUGAAUGUGCUGUGAAUGUGAUCCGUUUGUUAGUCGACCCUGGUGUAGAUGGCCUGCUGAAAAUAAAUGUCGGAGGGAUUCUUUUAGUCACGUGCAUGUCUCGAAAGACUAUUCUUUUCUUCACAUAUGACGUAUUCAGUGCAAACGAGGUGUAUUGUUGAGAUCUACGGAUGUGAACGACGACUGUAAAAGCCAGUUCGCCCUCACGUCUUUAGGAACCAACGCUGUUUUAUGUUGUGCAUUUGGACAGAAAUGGUGUUUUAAACAUGCCACAAACCUACUCUGAACACAGGCUAUUCUACAAUCAGGGUUGAAACAUUAAUGAAGAGGAAAAAAAAAAAGAAUUUUUGUAUCCUGAUGUCCUUUGCUUAUAUCGAUGUGUGCAUUUUAUUUUGCACUUUGGAAUAUUUCAUUGUCAUAAAAGAAGUUUAUUUUCUAUGUAAAGUUUAACAUUUAAGAGUACAAUAGAUAUAAUUAAAAGUUCAGAUGAUGUAUAAAUAUAGUGCUUUCUUUCCUGCCUGUAUUUUAUUAUUUUUCCUAUUUUGUAUCCGAUCUGUACACCCUGUAGAUGUAUAAUGAAUCUUUCACUACUGAAAUGCAAUGACCUGUUUUCUGUGCGCCCCUCGGGAAUGGGGGAGUUACUACUGCAGUUUCUUAUUGUAUCAGAUUCUUUUUUAAGUUUGUAAUAAAAAAUACAAGAUUGGCAAAAACAAGCAUGGAAAAUAA